GCUGACAGAGGGGUCGUGUCGUCGCACAGCUCAUGAUUGAGGAAGCAUGAAGCAGCCAAGGAAGUGACCAAGGUGGACUCUGAGGCCUGAGGGUGCACCAUGGCAUCCAAGGAGAGACUGUAUGAGGUCUGGAUGCUCUACUGCACCAAGAGGGAUCCGGACUACUUGAAAAUAUGGCUGGAGAUUUUCAUCAGCUCCUACGAGCGAUGCCUGGACGUGGACUUCGAAAAGCCCCCGUCGAGGCCAGAGGAGGUCCCGCCGGUGUUGACGCUCCUCCCCGACAACAUCCUGCAGGUUCUGCGCCACCAGCUGCUGCAGUGCGUCCAGAAAGCCUCCGACGGCCUGGAGCCCGAGCAGCAGAACCUGGCUCUGCUGCUGCUCAAGUUCCUCAUCAUCAUCUGCAGGAACCUGUCCAACGUGGAGGAGAUUGGCACCUGCUCCUACAUCAAUCACAUCAUCACCAUGACAACACUAUAUAUUCAGCAGCUGAAAAGCAAGACCAAAGAGAAGGAGAUGGCCGACCAGAGCCAGGCGGAGGAGUUUGUCCGUCACGCGCUGGCGUUCUGCGAGAGCCUCUACGACCCGUACCGCAACUGGAGGCAUCGAACCAGCGGGGAGCAGCUGGGUACCGUAGAGAGGAGCAGACAGAAGUACAAGGCAGCUCCGCUCACCGUGGAGUUUGUUCCUUUCUUUUAUCAGUGCUUCCAGGAGAGCGAGCACCUGAAGGAGAGUCUGAAAUGCUGCCUGCUGCACCUGUUUGGAGCCAUAGUAGCUGGUGAUCAGAGGAACGCCCUGUUUGCCAUUUCUCCAGCCACCAUGGAGGUGUUGAUGCGGGUGCUGGCCGACUGCUCCAUGGGUAGCUGCUCCUCGGAGGAGGGCGAGGACUGGGACAGCGAGGCCCCCGACCGGAAGGCGCUGCUGACCCUGGGCUGCCUGCGGGAGGUGGUGCAGCGCCUGCUGGCCUCGAGCUCCGACCAGCGGCAGGUGGAAAUCGCCUCUGUGCUGGAAAACUACUUCAAGCUGCUCAAUUCAGACCCGGCGGCCAUCGUUGCUUCCCAACUACAACUACUACAACAGCAGCAGCAGCAGCAGCAGCAGCAGCAGCAGCAACAACAGCAACAACAACAGCAACAACAGCAGCAGCAGCAGCAACAACAGCAGCAACAACAAGCCAAGGGCAGAGUGCCGACACUGGGCCGACACUGGGAGAGCCGAUUUGUGGCGCUGCAAGUAAAUAUGCUAGACACCAUCAGGGACAUGUUCCUGUGUUCAGACAGGCCAGUUCUACAAGCCAUCUUCCUCAAUAGUAACUGUUUCGAGCAUCUGACGCGGCUGCUGCAGAACAGCAAGCUGGUUAACGCAAGGUGCACGGCGGCAGACAAGGACCAGAAAGAUAUAACCAACAACAGGUUACUGACAGGAGAGAGGGACACUCAGGUGUUUCAAGGGCGACUAGACUCCCUCGCCGUAGCGACCAUCAAAGCCCUGACAACAGUGAUGCACAAAUCCCCGGCUGCAAAGGAGGUGUUCAAGGAGAGGAUCGGCUACAAUCACCUGUAUGAAGUCCUUACUUCACUCGGCCAGCCAUCGCGGCUCCUCCUCAAGGAGCUGAUGAACAUGGCGGUGGAGGGUGAGCACACCUCAGUGGGGCUCCUGGGCAUCAGCAACGUGGAGCCCCUGCUGCUGCUGGUCCAGUGGCUCCCGGAGCUGGACUCGUCGGAGCGGCAGCUCUUCACGGCCGACUGGCUCCGCCGCCUCAGCUGCCUCAACCGCCAGACCCGCGGCACCUGCGUCAACGCCGCCAUGGUCAUGCGGGCUCUGGCGGGCCUGGAGCGCGACCAGCAGCUACACCGAGCGUGCGCCGAGAGCCUGCUGGGGCUGGUGGGCUCGCUGGGCUCCCAGUCCUUGAGCGCCAGGGAGCUCCUGACACUCCUGCGCCUCCUCAGGCUGCCAGAGUCCACUCAAUCUCACCCCUAUGUGGGUCCCGCCCUCAGAGCCCUCCUGGCCAUGGUACGGAAGCAGGGCCUGGAAAGCGCCAUGCAGUACUUUGACCUGUCGCCCAGCAUGGCGGGCAUUGUAGUUCCGACGGUGCAGCGGUGGCCCGGCUCCGCCUUCAGCUUCCUCGCCUGGUUGUCACUAGACCAGGACCAGCUGGGCCCGCUCAGCAAGGACAAGAGGAAGCAGCUCUACAGCUUUUUUACCCCUGGAGGGACGGGGUUUGAGGCCUUCAUCAGCUCAGCGGGCGUGCUGGUGGUGGCUGUGUGCACGAAGAAGGAGUACGUGACGGUCAUGCUGCCAGACUACUGCUUCUGUGACUCUCUCUGGCACAGCAUCGGUGUGGUCCACGUACCAGGGAAGAGGCCGUUUGGACAGAGUCUCGUGUACAUUUACGUGGACGGGCAGCAGAAACUGUCCGCCCCCCUCAAGUAUCCCACCAUGACAGAGCCAUUCAUCUCCUGCUGCAUCGGCUCAGCGGGCAACCGGACCACCACUCCCCCGCCCUCCCAGAUCCCCGACCCGCCCUUCUCCUCCGCCACCACGCCCACCACCCGCUCCUCGCUGGGCGCCAUCCUGUCGCCGCAGACCUGGGGGGGGCUGCUGGGGGGGAAGCCGGAGUCCCUGACGAAGCUCAUCUCCGCAGGGACCCAGGACAGCGAGUGGGGGAGUCCCACCUCGUUGCAGGGCCAGCUGGGAAGCGUCAUGGUCUUCCAUGAACCCCUGCAGCCCAACCACGUAAAAGCCAUCUGUAGUGCGGGUCCGAACUGCAUCUCUCCAUUCAAAGCCCAGGAAUCCGAACUGGGCGACCUUUCAACCAAACUGCUGCUGCACUACUCGCCCAAGGCGUGUAGGAACCCCAUCUGUCUAGAUCUGUCUCCGAACAUGCUGCACGGACGCCUGACUGGGAAUAAAGUGGUCAACUGGGAAAUCAAGGAUAUGAUCAACUGUGUGGGCGGCCUGCCGGUGCUCUUCCCCAUACUGGAACAGUUGACUCUGAUCACCCCGGAUCAACAGGCCGGCGAUCCUGCAGCCGGGUCGGAUUUCAUCACCCCUGAUGUGACCACGCCGGCCGACGGAGAUUGGGUCAUUCUGCCGUCCAACAGGGCUUCAGAGGCGCGCCUGGAGAAGAAUCUGGUGGCCACCUUCCUGCUGGUGCUGAAGCAUUUCCUGCAGAGGCACCCUAUCAACCAGGAGAAUCUGCUCCACUCGCAUUGUGUCGGCACACUGGGAGCCCUGCUGCAGAAGCUGCCAGCCGGUCACGUGGACGUCAGCGUGCUGGUUGCUAUGCAGCUGCUGAUAGAACAGGUGACCUAUGAGAAGAACCUGGCUCUGCUGCAACAGCUUCACACACAUCUGCUGUUCAACUUCAACAUCUGGAACAAAGGAGACUUCCCUCUACGCAUAGGUCAUAUCCAGUACAUGUCCACCGUCAUCAAAGACAACAGGAAGCAGUUCAGAAAAAAAUACGGAGUUCAGUUCCUCUUGGACACCGUGCGCCUUUAUUACGGGAGGAACAGCAACAGAGAGAGCGACCUGAGCGAGGACGACGUUCGCACCGUCCGGGCGUCUCUCUGCGGCCUCAUCAAGUACUACAUCAGCAAGGGCAUGUCGCAGGAGGAGAUGCACAGCAUUCUGGGAUACAUCGCUGCUAUUGGGGACGAAGAGCAGUUGUGUGCCAUGCUGGAGUUGUUACUCAGCCUUCUUCAGACCAGUCCGGCCAGGGACCAGCUCUUCCUGCUCCUCUUUGAGCCAGGAGCCGCCGACUCCUGCUACGCCCUCCUCCUCAACAACAAGCACUCUGAUCGACUCCGGGAGCUCGUCUUCAAGUUGUUUGAACGCAUGUUGCGCUGCGACCGCGUCUACGAGAAGAAUAAGCAGCGCUUGCGGCUGAGGGAGGCGGGUUACGCCGGCCUGUCGCUGCUCUUCUCCGAACUUCACAUCACUCCGACACUAAUCCGCAGUCUCCUCAACCAGGUCCUCCACACAGAUCAUCUGGUGAACUACAAGGACCUGAUGGCUCUGGUCCAGCUCACUCACCGGGCCGGACCCGGCGAACGCCUCCUCGUCUGCAAGAGGGUGUACCAGCUGCUACAAUCCCAACAAGAUGCUGCGGUCCAGAUCUCAAAGCAGCAGUGUUGGCAGGACACUCUCAUGCGACUCUACCUGCGGAGCGAUGGGUCCCAGCAACAGCGGGGCACCGACACCAUCAGCACCUGCAGCCUGGACCUGAACCGUUCCACUGGCGGCGCAGCCAACCGCCUGGAGCUGCCGUUGGAGAAGAGGGCGAGGGCGGGCAGCGCCAGCCGCCUGGAUCGCCUGGAGGACGACCGGCUCAGCGUGGGCGACACCCGCUCCGUGGACAGCCUGGAGAACGGCGACGUCAUCUCGCUGCUGGACACGCCGUCUUCCUCGGCCUCCGCUGAGCCGCAGCUGCACGUCAAGCCCUGGGUGGUGGGAAAGUCCGGGGGCUUGAUGCUGGAUCUGUCCCACCUGCAGGCCUACGAGGGCGGGGAAAGCGGCAGCCAAACACCCGGCAGCAUGCCCAGCACGCCGUCGCCGCUGGAGACCUCUAAGCCUUUCCCAGGGAGCUCCGGGGAUCGAGACGCAACCUCCUCCCUGACCGAGGACAGCUUUCUGUUCAGCGACAACAUCUCACUGGGGGAGUCGUUCAACAAUGAGAGGGCAGAGGAGGAGCUGUGCACAAUGCUGCUGGAGAUCGUGCUGUGCGUGAUGUGGCGCGGGGUCGAAGGCUCUGACGACUCGGCGUGGCUGGAGCGCGGCCAGGUCUUCUCAGCUCUCACCAAACUGGCAACCGCCAACGAGCUGCUGCUGCCCGUCGACCAUAUCAAACUGAGUCUCAUGGAGCGCAUGUUGGAGUGGGCGGUGGGCGACAACCGCGAGGCGUCGGCCGCCACGUUGCCGCAGCACACGGAGAACGCAGUGCGGCUGCUUCACAUGGUGCAGGACUUCCUGCAGGCGGAGGGCCUGGUCAACCCUGCGCUGUGGACGGAGAAGGUGCUGGAGGAGACGGUGACGCUGAUGGACAGCCUCAUGGUGUGGUACUCUGCCGGCGCUCAGUGGUUCCAGCUCUCCCAAGUCGGACUGCGGCUGCUGCUGGGCUUCAUGGCUCAGGAGGACCCUGAAGUGUGUGCCAUGGCCACGGCCAAGCUCAACGGCAUCCUGCAGACCAAGCAGGUGUCCAGCCAGGACGAGGCCUGCUACCUGCUGGGUAAGGUGGAGGGCAUCCUGCGGCGCUCCAUCCAGGAGCAGAGGGAGGAGACGUACUCCUUCCUGGUCCCCCUGCUGCGCACGCUGCUCUCCAAAGUGCACCGCCUGCUCUUCAUAGAGCUGCACCUCCCCCAGCUCCCCGACACCAACGGCAGCCCGUCCUUCUUCGAGGACUUCCAGCUGUACUGCAACUCACCUGAGUGGCGCGUCUACCUCGACAAAUAUAUCAUCCCGUACAUGAAGCAGUAUGAGAUUGAAACAUUCAGCCAGGGCCACGAGACCAUGGCUCUCUACUGGAAGGAGUGCUACGAGGCUUUCAUGGUCAGCCUGCAUAAGAGAGAGAGGGAAAGGGGCGAGAGCAAGAUCCGCUUCCAGGAGCAAUUCGUGGAGCCGUUCUCACGCCGAGGCCGCCAGGAGAACCUCCGCUACAACAGCAUGUUGAAGCAGCAGCACAGCCAGAACAGCGCCACCCUCAGGCAGUGGAAGGCAGCACGACGGGGUCUUGUGUGUGAGAGAGGGCCCUGGGCUGACAGGCAGCAGGAUAAGAUGCACUGGAGGGUGUCCAGCGCUGAAAACUUCUCCCGCAUGAGGCUUAAGCUGGUUCGUAAUUACAACUUCGACCCACACCGAGAGGCCAGCGCUCUGAGAGACAACCUGGGUGUCCAUCAGCAGCGUGUAAACGCAGAGUCUCUGCUGCUGGAGGCGGCGAAGCAGGUCAAAGUCAGCGACCUGGAGGACGACAUCCUGGAGCUGCCGGAGGAAGACCCCGCCGCCGCCAACAACCAAGUUGAAGCGGAGGAGGCGGGCCAGAAGGAGAAGCUGGUGCUGUGGGAGGACUGCGAGCUGGUGACGGUGGUGGACGUGGUGCCCGGCCGCCUGGAGCUCACCACCCAACACAUCUACUUCUACGACAGCAGCCAGGAGAAAGAGGAAGGAGUGGGCCACGACUUCAAAUGGCCCCUGUCUCAGAUCCGAGAGGUCCACCUGCGGCGUUAUAACCUCCGACGCUCGGCUCUGGAGAUCUUCCUCAUCGACCAGACCAAUUACUUCCUCAACUUCAAGAAGGAGGUGAGGAACAAGGUCUACAGCCGCAUGCUGCUGCUGCGAUCCCUCAGUCUUUAUGGAACCCGCUCGCCGCAGGAGCUCCUCAAAGCCUCUGGACUUACGCAGAAAUGGGUGAACCGGGAGAUUUCCAACUUUGACUACUUGAUGCAACUCAACACGAUCGCAGGGAGAACGUACAACAACCUGGCUCAGUAUCCGGUGUUUCCCUGGAUUCUAGCUGACUACACCUCGGAGGAGCUGGACCUGUCUGAUCCCCGGGUAUUCAGGGACCUGUCGAAGCCAGUGGCGGUUCUCAACGAACGCAAUGCCAAGGCUGUUAGAGAAAAGUAUGAAAGUUUCGAGGACCCAACAGGCACCAUCGACAGGUUCCAUUACGGCACCCACUACUCAAACGCUGCCGGAGUGAUGCACUACUUGAUCAGAGUGGAGCCCUUCACCUCCCUGCACAUCCAACUACAGAGCGGACGGUAUGGAGACAAGUUUGACUGCGCCGACCGCCAGUUCCACUCCAUCCCUGCGACGUGGCAGACCCUCAUGGACAACCCCAACGACGUCAAGGAGCUCAUCCCGGAGUUCUUCUACUUCCCAGAAUUCCUCGAGAACCAAAAUGGCUUUGAUCUGGGUCGCCUGCAGAUCUCAAAAGAAAGAGUAGAUGAUGUCAUUCUGCCAAAAUGGGCCAAGUCCCCCGAGGACUUCAUCUACAAGCACCGCAAAGCCCUGGAGUCGGAGUACGUGUCGGCGCACCUCCACGAGUGGAUCGAUCUGAUCUUCGGUUACAAGCAGAGGGGCCCCGCGGCGGUGGAGGCCCUAAACGUCUUCUACUAUUGCACAUAUGAGGGGGCGGUGGACCUGGACGCCAUCACGGAUGAAAAGGAGCGCAAGGCCCUGGAAGGCAUGAUCAGCAACUUUGGACAGACGCCCUGCCAGCUACUCAAGGAGCCCCAUCCAGUGCGACUGCCUCAGGAGGAAGUGGAGAAGAGGAAGGCUCAGCUUGACUCGUGUCCUUUCAGCAUGUUCGAACACCUCAGCGACCUCAAGUCCUUCUUCGUCGAGGGCAUCAGUGACAACGUGCCGCUGGUUAAGGUCGUGGUGCCAAAGAAUCAGUCUCAUUCCUUCAUCACCCAGGGGAGCCCUGACACAAUGGUGACGGUUAGUCAGAACUGCCUGGUUGGGACCCACGGGUGGCUGCCUUACAACAAGAACAUCUCCAACUACUUCACCUUCAUCAAGGACCCCACCGUGUCCAACGCCAAGACCCAGCGUUCCCUCUCCGGACCCUUCGCCCCCGGCGUGGAGGUAACAGCGGGGCUGUUUGUGGCCUCCCACGACGGCAAGCUGCUCUUCAGCGGCGGCCACUGGGACAACAGCCUCCGGGUCACCUCCCUGGUUAAGGGCAAGACUGUGGGACAGCACGUCCGACACAUGGACAUUGUGACCUGCUUGUCAACAGACCACUGCGGCAUCCACCUGAUCUCCGGCUCCAGAGACACAACCUGCAUGGUGUGGCAGGUUCUGCAGCAGGGUGGAGCUCCCGUGGGUCUCCAUCCCAAGCCGGUUCAGGUGUUGUAUGGACACACGGACGAGGUGGUCAGUGUCAGCAUCAGCACAGAGCUGGACAUGGCUGUGUCUGGAUCACGGGACGGGACGGUGAUCAUCCACACGGUGCGUCGGGGUCAGUACAUGCGUUGCCUGCGACCGCCGUGCGACAGCUCCCUGCCGCUCUCCAUCCUCCACCUGGCCGUGUCCUGGGAGGGUCACCUGCUGGUCCACACCUGCCUCGAAGGCAAAGCGACGCUCAAGGAUAAAAACGCCCUCCACCUUUACUCCGUCAAUGGGAAGCACCUCUGCAGCGAGCCUCUGAAGGAGCAGGUGACUGAUAUGUGUGUUUCGGGGGAGUACGUAGUCAUCGGCAGCGAGCAGGGAUACCUGUCCGUCCGUGACCUCUACAGCCUGUCUCUGUGCACGGAGCCCAUGGCCAUGAGGGUGCCGGUGCGCUGCGUCUCCGUCACCAAGGAGCAGAGCCACGUCCUGGUGGGCCUGGAGGACGGCAAGCUGAUCAUCGUGGGCGUGGGCAAGCCGGCGGAGAUGCGCUCGGGCCAGAUCACACGGAAGCUGUGGGGCUCCAGCAAGAGACUCACCCAGAUCUCCUCGGGGGAGACGGUCUACAACACCCAGCACGACCACAACUGACCCCGGUCCCCAGUUCCCCAUGAACCCUCCCCUCUCCUCCCACUCGCAUCCCACAUUCCCGUCACCAGGUUUUCGCCUCCAUACCUGCCAAUCACCAAACGGUUUGCUUCAUUCUGUCCGAGGAACUCCGUUCAGUUCCUCCUGCACAUUUCCGCUGUUCAGUGGCCGGUGUUUUUAGAUGCCAGAGCAUCGCAAAAUCUGCAAUCAUGCGUCUGUUGUGUUUUUCUAUGUGUCUUUUCUUUCUGCUUUGGAUUGAGCGUACGGUGCUGGCGCCGUGGUUCCAAUCCAGCCUCAGCACCACCACACCACUACCAAACGCCAUGGCUCCUAAUCCCUCAGCUACUCAUCCUCGUUUUUACAUGAUACUAAUGUUUCUAAGGAACGGUGAGCUAACUG